CAGACAGGUGUUCUCUAUUGUACUAGGAUUCCAGGAACGAAUAAUUGACUGGUUUUUUGGUUCAAUUUUAAUAUCAAGCGUUUAAUUAGAAGCACAUCAUCUCUAGAGUUAAUAAUUAAUAAGAUGAUGCACAUCAAAGAUUAAGCAGCACGUUAGAAUCUCUUUGAAAAUUAUGUCUGACUAGUGGCAUCAUCGAAACUUGAGUUCAGCUGCAUUUUGAAACGCCAUUGAACAAAGAAUCGUCAAGAGAUUUAGGUUAUGCUUAUUUUCGAAACGAAGAAUAAAAAAAAACCCAGAUUCAGUGUAUAUUUUAGUCUUGGGAGAGAAUUAUCAACAUAUCAUUAAAUCUUUUUUUUGAAGAAAAACGGAAGACCUGACAGAUAUGAACGAUUUAAAUGGUAUCUACUCGCAAGUGAAGCGUAUGUCUAUUGAGGAUUUGGAAAACUUUUGCAUUCAGGCAAUUUCUGAAUGUAUAAGUGCUCACAAUGAAAUUCAAGAAUUACACAGCUUAACUUUAGCUACGAAAAAAGCUCAAAGAAAUUUGAGAUCAAAAUGUAAAAUGCUUGAAUCACAAUGUCAACAAUUUGAAAGGAUUCUUGAUGGUGUUGACAAUGAUGGAGACGAUGAAGUUAUGAUCUAUGCAGAACCAAUGAAAUUAAAACGAUGUGUUGGAAUACAAAUAGAUAUGCCAUUUCAAAAUAUUGACUACUCAGAAUUCAAUAAUAAUGAAGAACAGGCUACAGAGGAGCAAAAUAUGCAGACAAUGAGUUCUGAGACCGCUGUUCCGGAAGAGCAAAUAAUGCAAACAAUGAGUUCUGAUACCACUGUUCCAGAGGAGCAAAUAAUGCAAACAACGAGUUCUGAUAUUAUUGCUCCGCAAAAGCAAACGAUGCAAACAUUGAGUUCUGAUACUGUAGAUAAGCACUCAGCUCCAAAAGCAACAGCUUCAAAUUCAAUUGUAAAUCCAGUUAAACAACCUCAUUCAAAUUUCUCAGAGAUAUCAUCACCUCAAUUUGACAAUAAUAAUAAUACUGUAGAGAAGGUGGUUCGGGAAGAAACUACAUCAAAAUACUCAUCUACCGCACCAGUUUCAAAAAUUGGAAAAUUGGAAGAAAUUCCUCCAUCUCCAAUUUUGAAAAUUACCCAAGACGUUGAAAGUAUUGCCUUGGCAUGGAAUUUAGAUUUAUCACCUUCUAUUGCCAAAAUAGCUUACUAUGAAUUAUUUGUGUAUCAUGAGAAAGAUCCGAAGUAUAAAGAUUGGAAAAAAAUAGGUCAUUUUGAAGCUUUACCCCUUCCAAUGGGAUGUACAUUGUCUCAGAUGGGUAAAGGCACUACAUAUUAUUUUGCAGUACGAGCAGUUGAUGUACACUCUAGAAGUGGACCUUUUAGUCGUGCAGUAUCUACAAUAAUUUGCACUAAGAGCAACAAAUGUUCAUAGAAAAAAUUGACUUGUUAGCGGUGUAGUAUUACCUACUUUACUUUGCAGUAAGAGCAAAGUGGUUCAUUUUAAAAAUGGACCUUUUAGUCAUGCAGUAUCUUUACUAUAUAAAGUGUGAUAAUAAUUUAGAUCAAUUGUUAAGACCUUAGUUUUUUCUGUAAAUAAUUUAAAAAGUAAUAUGAAUGCAAUAGUCAGCAUAAAUGCGCAUUUUUGAAAAAGUUGUGUAUAUCUUUAUAUUUGUUGAACACACUUGUAAAUGUAUGAACUAUUUUUUUAAAACAAAAAAGCUAAAAUUUAAUUAAUUAAUAGUAUAGUUACAAAAUCAUGCGUGUUUUGAAUACACCAGAUUACAAAAGUAUUGGAUUAUUAGUAUUAUUAUCUUAUAUGCAUUUACAUGCAUCGAUCAAAACCCACUUGAAUGACGCUUCACAAGUCCAUUUAAAGGAGCAACCAGUUUGAUAAAUUAAACCUUUUCAUGACCACGUUAAAUCUAAUAGCACAAAAGUUUAUUCUAUAAAUUUUUUCAUAUCAAUAAUUUUCAGAAUAUUUUGUUCUGAUUUCAAGUAAUUUUAGACUUACUAUAUACAAAAAUGCAUGUGGACUUCCAUUUCUGGUAGAACCUUAAAUUGAAAUAGUUUACUCCGUCUUAACAUACUGGAAUAUGAAAAUAGAUUAUAGCUAGCAUGAAUUUACGUUUAAAUCAUCAAUUUUUGUGAGAUAUGAAUUUUUUAUUUCUUUGUACUUUAAAUACAUCUCAGGUUUCACAAAUAAAUAUUAAAUUCGAUGAAGCCAUAUUAAUUGACGUUGUUGUGGUUUAAAUUGGUGUUGUAGUGGCUUAAAAGAAACAGUUGAGUCAGUAAGUAAAAUGUAUUCAUAGAUUUCAUUUAAAAGUAAGAAAUGUUUCAUGCAUUAGCUGAUAAAUUCAUAAUUGUUUAUUAAAGAAUUUUGUUUGAGCAUAAUUUUUGCAAUAAAAAUAAAUGAG